AUGAGAGAAGAGGUGAGGGCGCUGGCACUGGGCACAUUGGGCACACUGGGCAAACUGGGCAGUGGCGUGUGCCGGCCACCGGCCACCGGCGCCCGUGGGCCGCAGCAAGUAGCGCGGUGCGAAUUCGGCGAGCGGCGAGCGGCGAGCGGCUCGAUACGGAGGCUGCGUAGUGAGCGAGGCGGCGGGCGGCGAGGCGCUCCGCCAGUGGCGAAAGCGCCGCGCGCCGCUCCGGACGAGACGACGCGGCGCGAGGGUGCCUGCCGCGCGCGGCGCACGUGCCCAUGGGCACCACACCGCCCCCCGCGGGGCCCGCGCCCCCCAAGCACAACAAGGGCCGACGCAAAAUCUCAUUGCCUUGGUUCCGUCAGAGCUCAG